AUGCCGAGAGAGAUAAUCACGCUGCAAGUAGGACAAUGCGGGAACCAGAUCGGCAUGGAGUUCUGGAAACAGCUUUGUGCCGAACACGGCAUCAACAAAGAUGGCAUUCUCGAAGAUUUCGCUACUCAGGGUGGUGAUAGGAAAGAUGUGUUUUUCUACCAAGCGGAUGAUCAGCACUACAUACCACGAGCUUUACUAAUUGAUUUGGAGCCUAGGGUAAUAAACGGUAUUCAAAACAGUGAAUAUCGAAAUCUUUACAAUCAUGAGAACAUCUUUGUUUCAGACCAUGGUGGCGGUGCAGGAAAUAAUUGGGCCAGCGGAUAUCAUCAGGGAAAGGGCGUUGAAGAGGAUAUAAUGGACAUGAUUGAUAGAGAGGCAGAUGGAAGUGAUAGUCUUGAGGGUUUUGUCUUGUGCCAUUCGAUUGCUGGAGGAACAGGCUCAGGUAUGGGCUCUUAUCUGCUGGAGACUUUAAAUGAUCGCUAUAGCAAAAAGCUUGUUCAGACAUACAGUGUUUUUCCUAAUCAGAUGGAGACAAGUGAUGUGGUAGUUCAACCCUAUAACUCACUUUUAACGCUCAAGAGACUGACUCUAAAUGCGGAUUGUGUUGUUGUUCUGGACAAUACUGCACUGAAUAGAAUUGCUGUUGAACGCCUACAUUUGUCAAAUCCCACAUUUGCUCAAACAAACUCUUUGGUAUCUACUGUAAUGUCUGCCAGCACAACUACUCUGCGGUAUCCAGGAUAUAUGAACAAUGACUUGGUUGGUCUUCUUGCGUCUUUAAUUCCAACACCAAGAUGUCAUUUUCUUAUGACAGGAUAUACACCACUCACAGUGGAGCGCCAGGCUAAUGUGAUUCGUAAAACUACAGUACUGGAUGUUAUGAGAAGACUUCUGCAGACCAAGAAUAUCAUGGUUUCCUCUUAUGCGCGAACAAAAGAAGCUAGUCAAGCAAAGUACAUUUCAAUAUUGAAUAUUAUUCAGGGAGAAGUGGACCCUACCCAGGUUCAUGAAAGUUUGCAGAGGAUUCGUGAAAGAAAGCUUGUUAACUUUAUUGAGUGGGGCCCUGCAAGUAUACAGGUUGCUCUUUCUAGAAAGUCUCCCUAUGUUCAAACUGCCCACAGGGUAAGUGGUCUAAUGCUAGCAAGCCACACUAGCAUCCGCCACCUCUUCAGCAAAUGUUUGAGCCAGUAUGAAAAGUUGAGGAAAAAACAAGCUUUUCUUGACAAUUACCGGAAAUUUCCAAUGUUUGCUGACAAUGAUCUUUCUGAAUUUGACGAAUCACGGGACAUAAUCGAGAGUUUGGUUGAUGAAUAUAAAGCCUGUGAAUCCCCAGAUUACAUCAAAUGGGGAAUGGAGGAUCCCAACAACAUUCUAACAGAAGAAGGCAAUGCUAAAGGAACAGUGGAUCCAAAGUUGGCAAUAUGA